UUUACCUAAUVCCUUCAGUCUAGCUCAGGCUGGUGCAACUCAAUGGGAGCGUUUUGUACCGUAUAGAUUCAUCGUACAACCACCAUUAGCGCUGUAUGUCUCGGCUACGGUUGGGCACCGUCGCACCGGUCGUGCGCCUUGGCCUUGGCCGUUAUUCGCUGGGAUUUGAAUUUGUCAUGUGUUUCGGUUACUUACUGUAUGUUCACUAUGUUCUCCGUCCUCGAUUUAUUCUUAUAUUUUUUGUAAGCUAUUAACUAUUAAGUAUUAUUGCUAUUUGAUAUUUUUCCUCGAAAGUUGCAAUUCUGUAUCGGUGUUGUCUAUAUAUCAUAUAUAGUAUAUACUCUGCAUAAUAUACUCCUUAGUCCUUAAUUGUUACUUGUUUAUGAUGCCAUCUAAGAACGUUUCGAAGUGUGUUGUACAUGGCUGUAAAUCCAAAGAUGUGGUCUGCCAUCGAUUUCCAAAUCCACGUUCUGAUAUGCCCAGACUUAUAGAAUGGAUUAAAAUUGUAGGUUUAGAUAACAUAGAUCCAAAUACUGUUUAUAAAACAAAAUUUAUAUGUGCUAUGCAUUUCACACCAGACUGCUCAAGUCCAGGCACCAAGCGACUUAAUGCAAAUGCAUACCCGCUUAUUAAUUUACCAAGAACCAACAUUAGCAUACCCAAGACAAUAGUGUCCCACAAUACUUUGGCUGUCAAACAAUGAUGUUUCUGAUCCGAGUUCAUCUGUGUCACACAAUAAUGACAGAGAAGUACAAAGUUUAAGUAUGAAUAGUGUUGACAUUGACCU